UUUCAGAUCUUCUCCUUCCCUUUCUUUCACACUACCGUGACGUGACAUGCUCCUGGCUUUUACACUCUCUGCUUGAAACCUGACAAUGGCCACCGCGCUCGCAUCUCCCGACUCUGGCCGGAGCUCCGAUAGCAGCUCGCUGGACGGCGCUGCGACCGAGAAGCAGAAGCUCGUCUUGAACGGCAUCACAGCCACCACCAAGAGCAAGAAGUCGAAGUCCCGGAAAUCCAAGAAAGAUGCUCAAGGGAACGACCUCUCCGAGCUCAACGACACCGCAGCCGCCCCCAAGCGCUGGAAAAGCUUCUGGACCGCCUUCCGUUACUUGGCGAAUCUUAACCAGAAAGAGGUCGAUGACUUCAUGGCCUCCUAUGUCAUCUACAACCUGGACUGGUCCAACGAGCAGCAAAUGGUCGAGACCCUGGGACCCAAUUACCAGGAGAAAGUGGGUGACUGUUUGAAAUCGUACUAUGGCGUGCUGAAUCAUCUUUGCGCCCUGGGUGACGUCGAGAAGAUGUACGUCCCGCCGUUUAUGAGUCGCAAGGCCUCCGUGCUCGAAAACCAGUUACUCUACGAGGUGUCGAUCACGCGCGAUCUCCAGCUGAAACCCGGCGACCGCGUGCUUGAUCUAGGCUGUGGUCGCGGCCGUGUCGCAGCACACAUGUCCGCCGUCUCCGGCGCACACAUCACGGGUCUAAACAUCGACCCGAACCAGAUCGCGCAGGCGCGCGACUUCAACACAAAGCAGGGCUUUACGGAAAACAAAUUCGUCGAGCAGGAUUUCAACGUCCUUCCUCUCCCCUUCGCCGACUCCUCCUUCGACGCCUUCUACCAGAUCCAAGCGUUUAGUCUAAGCAAGGACCUGCGCAAGCUGUGUGCAGAGAUCUUCCGCGUCCUCAAACCCGGCGCGCGCUUCUCCAUGCUCGACUGGGUAAGCUUCGACGCCUACGACUCGAAUAACCCCGAGCACGAAGCACUCAUGCGGCGCGUGAAACCGCUCAUCGGCGCCGUCGGCACCCCCACGCCCAAACUCCUCGAGGACGCCCUCAGCGACGCCGGGUUUAGCGUGGUGCGAUCGGAUAAUGCUAGUAUAGACGGGUUGCAGGCGCCGCUGAUCGAGACGGUGGACACGUACUUCCGCACGAUGCGCGGGGUGAUCCUUGCGUUGGUCAAGGUGCGCGUGUUGCCGCCACACUUUAAAACGCUCAUUAACCGUCUUUGUAUGGACGGUGAGGCGUUUGUGGAGAUGGAUUAUAAGCGGUUGAUCACUACGAGUUAUCGCAUUAUCGCACAGAAGCCAGAGCGGUAGUCUCCUGUCACCUCUCCUCUCCCACCAACCACCAUCCUACCUUCUAAUUGCCUCCGGUGUAACAUAUCACGACCCGCCGACGACAAUACCAUUACGGCGCUUGCAUGGGUUGAUUUUUAUUUCAUUGUUUUUGUCUCCUGCUUGUGAUUUUCAUUCCCUCUUGUUAGUGGCGUUGCGACCGCGGACGAGACUAUGAUAGAUACUAAUCCUGAUCCUGUCAGUACGCGUACAGAGUACAGUACAUACUAAUGUUGAUAUUGCUAUUUUUUUUUUUUUUUUUUUUUUUUUUUUUUUUUUUUUUU